GUAAGGUGUUCCGUAUAUCACAGUCCUGCAGGUGGCUUUAUUUCCAAAGUGCCGGGCUGUGCUGCUGUUAAAGCCUCCUGCUCCCCCUUGCUCCCAAGACCUUCUGGAUUUAGCUGCUGCAUCAGGAGUAAGCGCCUGCCUACAAGUGAUGCUGGAUUCAGUAACCCACAGCACGUUUCUGUCAAACACAAUGGUUUGUGAUCCCCUGAUGUCUUGGACAGAGUUAUUUGGGACAACUGAAGAUGGCUAUCCCACCUGUGAUCAUCAGACAGAUUCUGAUUCUUUCUGGACAUCCAUCCACCCGGAGUACUGGAGUAAGCACAACGUCUGUGAGUGGUUGCAGUUUUGCUGUGACCAGUACAAACUAGAUGCCAACUGCAUUUCCUUUUCCCAUUUUAAUAUCAACGGCUUACAGCUGUGCAACAUGACCCAGGAAGAGUUCCUGGAUGCUGCAGGCAUUUGUGGCGAAUACUUGUAUUUCAUCUUACAGAAUAUCAGGACACACGGCAUAUCCUUUUUCACUGAUGUAGAAGAAACAAAGCCAACCAACAAGGACUGUGACCUUUUGACCAAGUUGCCACCAGACUCAGGAGUUCCUUCUUCACUUCUCACGUUAUUCUGCAGUUCAGUCCCAGCGCGUGAUAAGGCAUGCGUGAGGGCAGGUGGCAUCAACGGCCAGGAAUGUCACAGUCAUGGUAGAACAAACCUGCAGAGUUCUCAUUUGUGGGAAUUUGUAAGAGACCUUCUCCUUUCUCCUGAAGAAAAUGGAGGCAUUCUGGAAUGGGAGGACAGGGGACAAGGCAUUUUUCGGGUUGUUAAAUCAGAAGCUCUUGCAAAGAUGUGGGGACAAAGGAAGAAAAAUGAUAGAAUGACAUAUGAAAAAUUGAGCCGAGCUCUCCGAUACUAUUAUAAAACGGGCAUUUUAGAACGAGUGGACAGAAGGCUGGUAUACAAGUUUGGGAAGAAUGCCCAUGGAUGGCAGGAGAACAAGAUAUGAACUGCCCCGUGCUUCCACCUCAGCACAAGACAUCACAGCCUGAAUAGUCCAGCUGCAAUGGACACCUGAGAGAGAAGUUGUCCUCUCCCUCUCUCCCCUCUGCCUGUCUGACGAAUUCAUUGCAGUCUGCUUCAAGAGACAGGCUACAGCAACAUAAAGAGCACUUGAAUUUUGGAGUCGACCUCCCCUCCGUGCUUUCUGCCAAGCACUGUCUCCUAGUAAGCCUUUAGGAAUAUCUUUACUGCUGCUCAAGUGACCUGCCUGUCUCCCUGUCUCAACCAGUAUGAUCACUGACCAGUAUGAAAUUCCUUGCCAUCCUGCUAACAUUUAAAGGAGACUCUUUAUGGAUAUCUCCCAGUUAGUUUACUACAUUUCUGAAGAAUAUAAAAAAGUUUCUCUUUCAUUUGAUAAAAAUACUCUUCUAAUCCAUUCCAC